GGUGCUAAAAACGCUAUUGUAAAGAAUAUGUAUCCCCCUUCUUCUGAAAAUUAUGUUUCAAAUGUUGAAUUAAACCAUUUUUCCUUUGAUUGGUCCUUUCAAGGAACCGAGCUUCCUCCAGGUGUAUCUCAGAGUGACUAUGCGCCACCACUUCCUAAUGCGCCGCCUCCAUGCUUACCAAUUUCAACCUCUUGCCAUCAUGGCCAACAGAACUUUUAUCAACAGCCCAAACAACAAAAAACUUUACGUGGAAAAUACAAUAAACAUAAACGUGGUUCCUUAAAAAAUUGGACCAGUUCUAAGCGAACUCACAAUGUUCAUAGCAAUGAUAAACCACCGACAAAAGGACCGUCUAACGUCAAUUAUCUGGCAUCGUCCCAAAUGACAUCAUCUGCCAAUUCAGUUCCUCAACAGUGGCACGCGUCAAACGUACCUGAGUGUACGCCACCUUGGCGAUCUCAUAUUUCAACGUCUCUGGACAGAAUUGACAACAUCAAGCCAUACGAAGAGUUUGGAAAUCGCCAAGAAUGUUUCCACGGACCUUUUAUUUCUGAACGUUCGUCAUCCAUAACUCAAUUCUCACACCACCAUAUAUCUCAAUAUGGUUAUCAACCGACUCACCAAAUUACGGCAAGUCAAUAUGAUUCGCAACGUUCCUUUAAUACAUCGUCUUCCCAAAUAGUAAUCCAGAAACCUGCUGCGCCGAAUAUUAGCAACACUCAAAAUAAUCAGGAACGUUUUGUUAAAGUUGAUGAUACCCAAAAGCAAAUCGCCAAGAAGUCUGUUAAUUCUGACAAGAAGCAACCAGUACUAGUUUUUCCUCGUAGCAAGAAACCAAAAACUGAAGAGACGAAAAAGGACAAUCAAGACAAAGGGAGUUGUCAAGUAAAUGUCAAUGAACCAUUAAAUCCCCGAACAGGUGUUAAUGCUGGUCUUCAGCUCUUUAAGAAAAAAACAAACGGGAAAAAAAUCGAAUUCAAACUUGUAAGUAGCAUUGAUCUUUCAAAGCUCAACAUUGAUAAAUGUCGAACUCGUGAGUCAUGCGUUCAAGACGAUCAUCUUGAUGUGUCUGUUAAGAAAAUUAAAUUAGAUACAAAUAAAAGUGCGGAAGUUACACGAACCGCUCAAAGUACAAAGUCACAAGAGGAUAAAGAAGACAACACUAAUUCUAAUUUAGUUGAACCUCUGAAAUCCAUAACCGACGAGUCACUAGAUGAUGCGAAUAAAAUAGAUUAUAACAAUGAAAAUUCAUUGAGUCAUGAUGGUAAUGAGAAGGAGAAUGAAGAUACUGGAGUAGCUUCUGAGCUUACGCAAACUAUUUCCAAGGAUAAUGAUCUCAAUACAAUGGCUAUUGAUAUGAAGCUUGAUGGACAUACAGAAUCAACAAUAAUCGAUGAAAAAGGAACGGAAAAUAAUAGGUUCGACGCGUACAAAGAAAUCAUUGAGUUAGAAAAAUCUUUUGACAAAGAUAAUACCAAUUACAAAAUUGAUAGCUUUAAUGAAAAGUUGGAAAAAUCUUUUGACAAAGAUAAUACCAAUUACAAAAUUGGUAGUUUUAAUGAAAAUUUAGAAAAAUCUUUUGACAAAGAUAACACCAAUUACAAAAUUGGUAGUUUUAAUGAAAAUUUAGAAAAAUCUUUUGACAAAGAUAACACCAAUUACAAAAUUGAUAGUUUUAAUGAAAAGUUCGAAAAAUUGAAGAAGCCACCUCAAGAUUCAACUGAUACGGAAGGACUUAGGUCUGUUGAUUCUAUUAAACAAUUAUCAUCUAAGAAAAAACGCGUUGUAAAGAAAUUACUGAAUGUAACCAAUAAAGAAGGAAAGGAGUGUAAACAAUCAAAAUCGCAGCCUAGACCUAGACAAAAUUACGUUCGUAAGCAGGAAAAGAUUUCGUGGGCGAAUGCAAAGAAUGCAAAAGUUAAUAGUUGCGAAUCGUGUGGAGACAAAUCUAAGGAUUUAGAAACUGUAGGUGCUCUUGCACUUUGCUCAACUUGCGUGCCAUUGUUUGCUCCUCAGAUGGCUAGAGCCAAAGCAUUUCCACACGACUUUAAACUAAAUCAAAAAGUGGAGGUACUAAAUAUAGAUAAAGUUUGGUACCCCGCUAAAAUUGUCAUAGUCGAAAAAACUCAAGUAAAAGUUCACUUUGAUGGUUGGGGAAGAGAAUUUGAUGAAUGGAUUUCUGUAGAUAGCCGAAGGUUAAAAGCACAGGUGGCUGACAAUAAUUCAGAUGAUUGCCUAUCUAAACCAAUUAAAAAGGAUAAUGAUGAUAUUCAAACAGCUAACAGUCCUGAAUCUGAAUUGACAACUCUAAGUGAUGAAAGUGAUUCGGAAUAUAACACUGUUAGCAAUAGUAGUAGUAUUGGCUCAGCACGAUUAAGGCGUAGGACUGGUUAUCGUAAAAAUGUAACAUUAAGUCGGCAUAGUGUUCCUGAGCCAAAAGCUUCUCAACCGAAAGAGUCAUUAUGCGAGUCUUGCAAGAUUAUGCAUUUAAAUGUUCAAAGGGUUGGCAGUCUUGAUUUAUGCUCUUAUUGUCGAGCGCUUUUUGAUGAUGAUAAUACGAUUCGUUUUAGGCGUGCUGGACAAUACGGAUUUCAGCCUCACAAACGUGUUAAAAUCUUAGGUCGUGAUAGUAAAUGGUAUCCGGCAACACAGGUUGAUGUCGCAAAUGGACGUAUUCGUGUACAUUUCGACGGUUGGAGUGAUAAAUUUGAUGAAUGGGUACCAGCUGGAAGUCAAAGAAUGAAAGAUAUGACGUUAGAUGAAAUAUUAGAAGCACAAAAAGCUUUGGAGGAAGAAAGUACAGAAACAUUUGAUGAAAAUGAAUCAAUGUUAAUUCACCAUAACAAGGGCAGAAUACGUGUUAAUGGCCAAAAUAAAUCUUCGUCUAUUUCGAGUUCUUCAAAAAAAAGUUCUUCACAAUCAAAAAAUGUUCAAUCUAAAAAAAGAGAUUAUCAAUAUGAUGGUGAUUCUGAUAUCCGUAGUCAACAAAGUGAGUCUACCGAUUCUUUAGCUUCAUUUGACUGGAACGACUUUUAUAUUGGACGUAAUACGCGCCGAAGUAUGCGUAACGAUAAGCUUUUGAGCAAUUCAAACAUACUUGCUCAAUUGAAGGCGCGAUUCAAACCAGGAAAUCAGAUAGAGGUGCGUGAUAGGUUAAGAGAAUGGGUACCGGCGACGAUAGUUGAAUCGAAGAGUUGUCGCAUUCUGAUUCAUUAUGAUGAUGUCCCGGCAUUUUACGACGAAUGGGUAGAUAUAAGUAGUGAACGAUUGCGCAUGAAACCUAUAAAGACUAAUGAAACGUGUGUAGUUGGUCAAGAUAAUAAAGACAAGCAAAACCUUCUAAAGAACAAAAAGGAUGACCGUAAAAAGAAAAGUAAAUUAGAGGCUGUUGAUGACUCUUUGGAAUUUAUAGAUCUUAACACUCUACCUUCAGAUAUGACAGAUAUUAUUGCACUUAUUGCGAAACGCCGUCAGAAGGAAAUGAUUAUAAAAGCUUCGAAUUAUGCGUAUGGUAAGGCGUUUUCCAAGUUGUUUUCAAGCAAAGUCAGGGAUAAUGGGUUAACCUCGGUGAUUGAUGAUGAAGCAAUUAAAAUGUCUUCAAAGGGUGAAGUCAUCAAGACAUUUGAUAAAGACAUUUUUGACACAACUUACAAAGAUCCAGGCAUUGAUCUUGCGAGUGAAAACGUGCAACUAGAUAGUGGCAUGGGAUAUCUUUAUUUGCAAGCGUGGAACUCGCGUAAGAUCUGUGGUUUUUGUAAUGAUGAUGAUGGUCAACAGCUUGGUGGAUUCAUAGGGCCUCAACCUUUUGUUACCAACACUUAUACGCGCCAUGGUGAGAAGCAAAAAAUUUUCUGGGCUCAUGAGGCUUGUGCAAAAUAUUCCCCGGAAGUUUUUGUUUCCAAGUCAAAUGAUUGGUACAAUGUGACCUUAGCAUGGAAAAGAGGUCGAAGUAUGAAAUGCGGAAAAUGUAAAGAACGAGGUGCGACUAUAGGAUGCUUCGAACCUAAAUGUACAAAAAGCUUUCACUUGCCAUGCACCGAUAAGCCGCUUUCUCAUUUCGAGAUGGGUGUCAUUUUUUACUGUCCUACUCACGAAUCACGCUAUCUCAAGAAAGAAAUGUAUAAUGAGAUAUAUAGAUGCGAUGUUUGUUCCCGUGAAUUACAGGCAGACAAAUGGUGGACUUGCAAACCAUGUGAAUCAAACUUUUUCUCUUCUUUUGAUUUAUGCCCACAGUGUUUUACUGAGAAAUUCCCGGAGACACAUGAACAUAGUAAAGAAGAUUUUGAUGAAACAUCUGUCAAGCAGAUAAAAGACCAACAAAUUACAAAGCAAACGGAAAUGGUUCUCGCUAGUCAAAAAGCUCGUGAAUCAGGAAUGCGUAAGAAAUCUAAGAAUUAUCCAAAUCAUGGAAAGGGACAGUUACAAUGUUCUUACUGCUGGGCUGAUGAAUCUUCUCGGUGGCGUAAAGGAUAUGAUGGAGUGUUGAUGUGUGAAGAUUGUUUCGAAUUAGUAUUGGUCAACAAUACUACUGGAGAAUCUCAUUUAGAAACAAACAAGCUGAUGGUUACCAGUGAAGAUUAUUCAUAUCGUCCAUAUCUGACAAGAAACUCAUGUUCAGACAAGAAAUUUGACUAUUCAGAAUCGCAAACAAUAUAUUUGGACACGUAUGAGCCUGCAGAAAAUCAACUGUUUUCACUACCAUUUGACAGUUCAUACUUUGAUAUUCCUGGAAGAGCGCCAAGAUGGGCAACGCAUAGUGGUACUGAUUAUCAUGGAACUUGGUUACCACAAACUGUUCGACGUGCCUUGCUUCGUUUCACAAAAAAGAAUGACCGAGUCAUGUCAAAUUUCCUUGGAAGAGGAACGGAUGCGAUUGAAAGUUUUCUGCUUUGUAGAAGACUCGUCGGCGUAGAUAUCAAUCCAGCUGCAGUAGCUUUAUCUCAGCGCAACUGCUCAUUUGCUAUUCCACCAGAUAGAGGCAUCACAGCUGAGCAUCGACCUAUUAUUCUUCAAGCAGAUUCCAGGCAUUUGACAGGAACAAUUUUUGAAAAUGAUUCUUUUGAUCAUGUUUUAAGUCACCCUCCUUAUAAAAAUUGCGUUGAAUAUUCAACUCAUAUUGAUGGAGAUUUAUCAAGGUUUGCAAAUUCUAAAGAAUUUGCAAUAGAAAUGAGUAAAGUUAUUGAUGAAACUUGGAGAUUAUUGAAACCAGGCAAAAGAGUUACGCUUGGUAUUGGAGAUAAUCGAGAACAUUGCUUUUAUGUUCCAGUCAGUUUCAAUUUAUUCCGUCAAUAUAUAGAUCAAGGAUUUGAAUUAGAAGAGCUGGUUGCGAAAAGACAGAGAUAUUGUCAGGCUUUUGGAUUGGGAACCUAUCUUUGUGUGCAAUACGAUUUUUUGAUGUUUACACAUGAAUUUAUUGCUACUUUCAGGAAAGUUGAUAAAGAAAAAAAUGACAUUAUGUUAAGUAUACCUGACGAAUCGGUGUUAGACGAAUAUGUGACAUUUUCAAGUAAAUUAAGAGAAAUUCCGAUUCUUCCUAUCGCGCGUAAGAGUGUUGUCAUGGGCACUACAUGGACAUUUAAGCCUACGUCUAAACAUAAUUUUGUGCAGCUCU